AUGACGUUUCGAUCUGUUCAGCGGUCGCAGCGCCGAAGCUCCACCAGCGCGCAGCCGGCGCAGCGGACUCCCAGCCACAACGAGAAGCGCAGCGGCACGCCGGAUGCGGCGCGCGCGCAGGGGAGGUACAAGCGGAGGAAGACCCUUAGCGACGCUCGCGCCACGCGCGGGCGAUCCGCCGAGGAGCCCGACGACGGCGAGCGACCGGCUCGACGUGCGUCGUUGCGCGUCGCGGCCAGCGGGAAAGACGGCGCGAAGAAGGCGAAGCGGAAGGAGCGGGAGGAGAAGCCCGUGUCGCUGAUUCUCCCGCCCAUCCCCAGCAGCGCCGGCCCGUUGUUCCAAGUCCGCGCCGGCCUCACAGACUUCAGGGCGCGCCAGCUGGCGAUGGCGGUGGAGGCGGGCGUCACGAGCGAGGUGGUGUGGGCGCUCAACGCGCUGCAGCUGAUCAGCUUCUCGCUCAAGGACACGUGGCAGCAGGGGGCUGGCCCGCUCAGCAAGGCGCCACAACUGCUCUCAGCCUUAGUAUCAGUGUGCUGGCCCCUCACUGCCCUGCCUCUAGUGCUGGCCCCUCACUGCCCUGCCUCUAGUGCUGGCCCCUCACGCAACCCUCCCUUCCCCUGCUCCCUCCCCUCCCCUCCCCUCCCCUCCCCUCCCCUCCCUGCUCCCUCCACUCUCCUCCCCUGCUCCCUCCCCUCCCCUCCCCUCCCCUCCCCUCCCCUCCCUGCUCCCUCCCCUCCCCUCCCUGCUCCCUCCCCUCCCCUCCCCUCCCCUCCCCUCCCCUCCCCUCCCUGCUCCCUCCACUCUCCUCCCCUGCUCCCUCCACUCCCCUCCCGUGCUCCCUCCCAUUUCCCCACUCCGUUUCCCCCUGCGAAUUACCCCUGCUGCGAAUCACCUCCCAGCACCUACUUCCCGCACUCCGCGGGUGCGCCCCUGCCUGCGCGCCCCACCUCCGCCCUGCACCCUCCAUCCGCGGACGACCCCCUUGCCUCCGCUGCUGCAGCUGGCGGCAUGAGCGCGUAUGGGCGCGGGCACAGGGGAGGCGGGGCGGAGUCGCGAGAAGGGGAAGCGGGGGUGGAGGCGGGCGGAGGGAGAGGGGACGAUGGGGGAGGCGUGGCGGCAGGGGGAGCAGCAGGGGGUGUAGGCGGGAAGGCGGAAGGGGACGAGGUGGGGGAAGCAGGGGGUUGGGAGGGGGCGCUGAGUGCGGAGGAGCGCGAGGUGUGGUGGGCGGAGCGGGCGCUCUUCAACCACAGCAGCAGCAGCAGCAACGGGGGUGGCAGGGGCGGGGGCAGCAGCAGCAGUGCGGGGGAGCGGGUGCAGUGUGCGGUGGCGGCAUCGAGUGUGCUGCGCAACCUCUCCUUCCUGCCGCACUGUGCCUCCGCCAUGGCCGCCCUGCCCGCGUGUGUGGCCAUGCUGGUGGGCGCUAUGGAGGACUUUCACCGAGAGGACGAGGAGGUGGUGAGCAACGCGGUGGACACAUUCGCCAACAUCGCAGCGGCCAUCGACCUCUCCUCCUACCCCACGCACUCGCCGCCCCUCCCCUCCUCCGCCACCCCCCUCGCCUCCGCGCUGCCAGCCACACUCUCAUCAUCAGCAGCGGCGGCGGCGGCGGCUCCGCCUGCCUCGCUCACUCGCUCCGCUGCGGCUCACCCCGCGGGGGACACGGCCGCGCAUGGCAUGGCUGUGGGGGCGUCUGGGAGUGCUGCGGAUGCUGGCGCUGAUGCUGCUGCCGGGGGGGAAGGCUGUCGCGGAGUGAUGAGGUGGGUGUGA